AUGAAGCUCAAUCUCUCGCUCACGUUUGUCGCCGCACUCGCCACCGCCUUUGCCGGCGUCGAGGCGGGCGUGCACAAGGCCAAGCUGCAGAAGGUGACGCCCUCGCGCGAGCUCACCCUCGAGGGCCUCGCCGCCCAGGCCGAGGUGCUCCAGCUCAAGUACGGCGGCGGUGCCUCCAAGAAGCAGGCGCCCUUCGCCGCCAACCCGGAGCACGACUUUAGCAUCCAGCCCAUCGCGCCCAAGGACUCGGCCUCGGCGUGGUAUGCCGAAGCCAAGAAGGGCCACGGCGUGCCCCUCACCGACUUCCUCAACGCCCAGUACUUUUGCGACAUCUCGCUCGGCACCCCCGCCCAGGAGUUCAAGGUGAUCCUCGACACCGGCUCCUCCAACCUCUGGGUGCCCUCCACCAAGUGCUCCUCCAUCGCCUGCUUCCUCCACAAGAAGUACGACAGCUCCGCCUCGUCCAGCUACAAGAAGAACGGCACCGAGUUCAAGAUCCAGUACGGCUCCGGUUCCAUGGAGGGCAUCGUCUCGAACGACGUGCUCAAGAUCGGCGACCUCACCAUCAAGGGUCAGGACUUCGCCGAGGCCACCAGCGAGCCUGGCCUGGCGUUCGCCUUUGGCAAGUUUGACGGCAUCCUGGGCCUGGCGUACGACACGAUCUCGGUCAACGGCAUCGUACCGCCCAUGUACCAGAUGAUCGACCAGGGCCUGCUUGAUGCGCCCCAGGUGUCGUUCUACCUCGGCUCCUCGGAGGCCGACGGCGGCGAGGCGGUGUUUGGCGGCAUCGACGACUCGCACUACACGGGCAAGAUCCACUGGGCGCCCGUCAAGCGCAAGGGCUACUGGGAGGUGGCGCUGGACAAGCUCGCGCUCGGAGAUGAGGAGCUCGAGCUCGACAACGGCUCGGCCGCCAUCGACACGGGCACCUCGCUCAUCGCCAUGGCCACCGACACCGCCGAGAUCCUCAACGCCGAGAUCGGCGCCACCAAGUCGUGGAACGGCCAGUACUCGGUGGACUGCGAAAAGGUCAAGGACCUGCCGCCGCUCACGUUCUACAUUGACGGCAAGCCGUUCAAGCUCGAGGGCAAGGACUAUGUGCUCGAGGUGCAGGGCUCGUGCAUCUCGAGCUUCUCGGGCAUCAACUUGCCCGGCCCGCUCGCCGAUAUGCUGAUUGUCGGCGACGUCUUCCUCAGGAAGUACUACUCGGUGUAUGAUCUCGGCAGGAACGCUGUUGGUCUCGCCGAGGCCAAGUGA